ACUGAUGACAUAUAAAAUGCCAAGCUUUGUACCACAACACUUCUUCACAACAAAUGUUUUCAAAUUUAAUAAAUAUUGAUUUUAGUUCGCGCUUCAUUUUUAUUUAAAAUGGAACUUAUAUAUUCGAUGAGGCGGAAGCCAUUAAAAUGUGAACCACCACAUUACGAGAAUAACGCAGAUCCAGAAGUAGUGAGGCCGAUUUGUACGAUAUCAACGUGUAAUAUCAUUGCAUUUUCAUCAUUGACCGAAUUAUCGGACACUGACGGUGACACAUGGGGUGGUCACAUUUAUGUAUGUGAUCUUGAUACGCCAUGGGAAUGUCAUAAAGUAGCCAGCACUGUUUAUCCUGUGUCAGCUUUAGAAUGGGAUGGAGAAGGAAAACAGCUGCUGGUAGCUACAGUAGUUGGUGAAGUGUCAGUGUAUGCACAGAAAGACUAUCUGCUUAAUGAAUGGACUUGUCUCUACUCAGCUUACUUUCCAGGUGAAAACAUAAUAAAAGCGGUAUUUUUUCACAAUGGUCGCAAAGUUAUCGCUGUUGAGAAGAAACCGGAUGUACCUAUCAGUGAUAGAAUACAAAUGUUACGAUCUGUGCCAACACUCAAAGGAUUCGGGGGUAUAGCAUGCGAAGGGGCCUGUAUAAUAACGGGUACCGGCUUAGUGGGUGCCUUAACUCCCGCCGGGGACUCCAACCGUGCUCUCGUUGCCUCCGACUGUCUCCGCUCGCCGAGGGAUCAUAUAGCUACUGCAUCGUUUGCACAUAAAAAUGGCAGUAUACUGAUAGCAGCUGCAUGGCGGGGUGGGGGUAAGCGCGGGGUGCGGUGCGCGGCGUGCGCGGUGUUCCGCCCCCCCGGCACCCGCGCCGCCCCCGUACAACUCACAUUACAACCCUUACCAACUGUCUAUCUACUGGAUCAUGAACCUGUAUCAAUAACAUGGUGUCUCCGAGAAGACACAGAUUCCUUGCUGAUCGCAGGCUCCACUCUGACCCUGUGGAAGUUGGCAGAGCGCUCAUACCCUGUACAUAAACUGCUCUGCAAAGGUCCUGUGCAAGGUAACACUACACCUGGCGGAGGUCCAAAAGCACCUACAGACUGUUUUAAUACUGUGGUAUGGCAGCAGACAGCUGUGUGGCAAGUGGAGGGUGGGGGCGCAACGUACGUGGGCAGCGUGCGUCUGCCUCUGGCCACGCCCCACGUGCUGUUGGCCACGCCCACCGCACUACAUCUGCUCAACAGAGACAACCACCACUAUGUAUGUUCUCGUGCCAUUGGUACCGGUCUUGUAUCAGACACUGGCGCAGCUACACCACCCAAGAAAACUAAAUAUGGAGGUCUUCCGACUACAGGAUGGUCUGGUGCCACGUUGUCAUGUGUGGAGGUGUCACAACUGGGUGCAGUUUGUGUCGCAGUAGACACACACUCACAACUUCACGUCUUCAAGUUGUCACAGCCAGCUCCAGAUAUACCCACCACACUGACAGUGCAGCAUACCACCUUGCUGCUGGAGUAUGCCAUGGUGUCAGGGUAUGACUGCUUAGAUGUCUUGAUGACCUUGAAACCCAACAUUGUAGAAGCUGUAUACGAAAGACUGACGGAGAGCUUUCAGCGUCAGUCGCAAGCCUUCCAGCAGUAUUACUACCACAGCUGGCUGAAACUGAGGAUAGCGCUCUGCAGCCGUGUGGCGGGGCUGACUGGUAGCGCGGCAUCACUGUGCUCGCUGCAGCUGGUGCUGGCGGGCUGGUCUGCUGCAGCCGCGGCGCUGCGACCUGACGACAAGACUGAGGCAGCAUUGGCCUCGCUCGCCGCGCUCGCCAACAUGCCCGACGAACACGACGAGAAGAAUCUUCUGGCACUGGAGGCGAAGGCGGAGUCCCUGGGUGAGGGCGCUACGAGCGCGGGCAGUGCGUGGGGUGCGCUGUCGGCCAUGCAGCCGCUGUACCGGCCACUGCAGCGCGCCCUCGACACUGCGCUCACCACCCUCGCCUCCCUCCCCACACUCCCCACUGCCCCCCACCACCACGGUUACGAGAUGUGGUCGGAUGCGGUGGCCCUGAAUGUACUGCGUAAGAUGGUGGUGAUAGCUCGUGCAUGCGCUCGCGGUGGAGACGCGCUCAGCCGACCACUGGCGCGUCUCGCAGCAGUAGUUGGCGCUACCCCCAAGCCCGACCUGCUCGAGGAGUGCGCAGCGCUGACAGCACAGAUGCCAGCUCGUGUGUGGGAUGCUUUACCCCGCUGCACCGUCUCCGCACCGCAUGGUAGACCCUGGCCAUUGCAAUUGGAGUAUGACAUGGAGCCAGAGGCAUUGCGCUUUGUGCCCGAGCCACCGGCGCAUGCGCAGUGCGAUGGCACACCCUCGCUCGCUAUGGACUCUAUACGGUACAUGUACCUUGGCGGGGGGAGACGCGCGGCUCGUUGGCGCCGCUGCGGUCGUUGCGGGGCGCGCUCUGUGCCUGCCGCUUUGCCCGCUCCUCUGCCUGCGAGGAACGCACAGCAACGUGCCUACGACGCACGAUAUCUUGCCGCAUGCAGAUGCGGUGGGAAAUGGACGCUGUAUUCGAAUAUUUAG